AUGGAAGGAAUGAAUAAAGGGGAAUGUGGAGUGGAUGACUGGGAAGAGUUUGGAAAUGGGGGUAUUGAUUGCUUUUCUUCUGAUUAUGUACUUCCUCACAAAGAGUCCUCGGGAGGAGGAUGCAGGUUCUCCAAGUUUGAGCAACUAGAGCAGCAGAAAGAGCCAUUUUUGGAUCACAGAUCGUUUGAAGAUCGAAAGUUCAAUGUCCUUGAUCCACUGCUUCCAGCUUGUCCGAAUCAAAUCGCUAUGCUUCGAGAAAUUCAGGAGGAAAUUGAAGAUAUUGUUGACCCCAAGAAGCACAAUGAACAUCCGUUUUCUUCAUCCUCACUUGACCUGCUAAAGGAUUAUACGGAAGGUCGAAGACGUUUGAACAUUGAACCAAGCAAAGCAGAUUUGGCAGGCAAGAAGUUGUCAACUGAAGAAAUCAUGAGAAUUGCUGGAGCGAAGUUUAUUCAGUCUUGUACCCGAAAGGCUGAUGUUGGUUCAAUGCUUAACAAUCCUUUUGAUCUUUGUUUCUCUGGUCUUUCUGAUGAGGAGACCAAAAAUGUAGAGCUUGCUGAAACCCUACUGGCUUCUGCUGAAAAAGUAGGCAAUCAACAAUAUGACCGUGCCAGAAAAUUGCUAAAUCAAUGUGAUCUCUUGUCUUCCAAUAAUGGAAAUCCAGUUCAAAGAGUAGUUCAUUAUUUUUCUGAGGCUCUUCGAAAGAGAAUUGAUCGAGAAACAGGAAGAGAGGCAUCUCAGGGUCUGGAGAGUGAGGUAUUUGAUGUCGAUGAGGCAGUGAUGAUUCCUAAUCCCACUAUCCAGGCAUGCCACGAAGGAAUUCCAUUCUACCAGGUUCCACACUUUGCUGGAACCCAAGCCAUUGCAGAGAAUAUGGCAGAGACAAAGAGGAUUCACUUAAUUGAUCUGAAAAUAAGGAAUGGGCUGCAAUGGACUGUCUUGAUGCAAGCUUUAGCGUCGUCUCGAAAUGAAUGCCCUCUUGAGCUUCUCAAGAUAACUGCUGUGGGGACUAAUUCAAAGAAACAUAUUGAGGAUACAGGUAACCGUUUAAAGAGUUUUGCUCAGACAAUCAACAUACCCUUUUCUUUUAAGAUAGUUAUGGUGUCAGAUAUGCUUGUUCUCAAAGAGGAUCUAUUUGAGUUAGAUGCUGAUGAAGAAUUAGCUAUCUACUCUGAAUAUGCACUAAAGAGCCUGAUUGGGCAGCCAAAUCAGCUGGAUCAUUUAAUGCAAUUUUUCAGGAGCAUCAAUCCAUGUAUAAUGGUGAUGAUUGAAGUAGAGGCAAAUCACAACUCAAGGGUCUUUGUUCAUCGUUUCAUUGAAACUCUUUUUUACUUCAGUGCAUAUUUUGAUUGUGUUGAUGCAUGUAUGGAACAUAAUGAUUCAGACAUCAGAAUGGUUAUAGAAUCAAUAUACUUGGGCGAAGGAAUCAGGAAUAUUGUGGCUAGUGAGGGAGAGGAAAGGAAGAUUCGAAAUGUGAAGAUCGAUGUGUGGAGAAAAUUCUUCGCACAGUUUGGAAUGGUAGAGACAGAUCAGAGUGAGGCGUCCUUGUAUCAAGCAAACUUUGUCAUUAAGAAAUUUGCUUCUGGGAGUUCUUGUACAUUUGAUAUGGAUGAGAAAAGCCUGCUGAUCGGGUGGAAGGGCACACCAAUUCUUUCACUUUCUACUUGGAAGUUCAUGCCACAAGAAUAG